CAUUUCCACGUCGUUUUAUUCGCAUACAACACGACUUACACUGAGAUUAACAACAAUUUUGUAAUCAGGCUGCGAGACUACGUCGACCUGAUUAGCUUGCUUUGUUCAUCCCUACCAACGUCGACCGGAAGUCAGAGACGAUACCGGAUUGCAACACUUCUCCCAGUCCGCUCUUUGCAUUUCAGCAUACCCCUCCUCCUUCCGCCAUCAUGUCCAAAACCGUCCACAUCGAAUCUACAGCCCAAUUCUCAGCCCUUCUGUCCUCCUCUGCCAUUGUCGUCGCCGACUUCUACGCCGACUGGUGCGGACCAUGUCGUCAGAUCGCCCCAAUUUACGAGCAGUUGUCUACUCAACUUUCGCGGCCAAACAAAAUCACCUUCGCAAAGAUCAAUACGGACCAGCAAGUAGAUCUCGCUAGGUCGUACGGUGUCAAGGCCAUGCCAACCUUUAUGAUAUUCAAGAACGCUCGCCAAGUUGAGUUCAUCGAAGGCGCUGACCCACGAAGACUGUCGGAGGUGGUCAAGCAACUGGCGAAUGAGGCAAACAAGAUGGAAACAGAAGAGGUGGGCGGAUCUUCGACUGGAGGCUCCUGGCUUGGUGCAGCACUGCCGCGGGGAUACGAUGAUGUGACAAACCAAGUCGAGUUUCUGGGGUUGGAACUGAUGAACUGGGAUUCCGAACACGGCAAUGCGAGGACGCUGAUCAGCGCAGACAAACCAAAAGGCUCAGCUGAAGCAAAAGCGGACUACGUCGAAAGCGAUACAGACGAGCAACUGAUGAUCUACAUCCCUUUCCAAUCCACGCUCAAGAUUCAUUCAAUACAUCUUACCUCGCUGCCAGACAACACGGAAGACGAUGAAUCGCCAAGCAGACCUAAGGUCAUCAAGAUUUACUCAAACAGACCUCGCAUUCUUGGAUUUGACGACGCAGAGGACGCUCAAGCAUUACAGGAAGUCACGCUGUCAGAAAAAGACUGGGAUGCUAAAACUGGUACGGCCAAGAUUGACUUGCGCAUCGUCAAAUUCCAGAACGUGUCCAGCUUGGUGUUGUUCAUUGUAGAGAGCGAGGGAGACAAUGAGAAGGUUCGAUUGGACCGGAUAAGGAUCAUUGGCGAGUCGGGUGAGAAGAGAGACGGCAAGAUUGAGAAGGUUGCAUCCGACGACUGAGUUUGUACGAUUGCAAGACGAGGAUGAGAAACGAGAAACGAUUGCAUUGAUGGUCAUAGAUCUGGGAGACAUCGAUAUCAAACCAAAAGUCAUAGAGCGCAACACAGU